GUUUUGGAGUUUAAUUUGCAAGAGCUCUCCUUUUCCCUCCUAGUGCCUUAUUUUUCUUGCUCAACCAAGGUUAGGAAACCCUCCACGAUCCCUCAAUCCGUCUGCAAGAAAAAGGCAGUCCAUUGGUGGCAAGCCCUGUCUAGGGCAGUGAUGUCAGCUGAAAAGCCCCGGGAGGAUUAGCGUGGAUUUCAUCUGGCCGGAGGAGCCGGCACUGCUAUGCUGUGGCUCUUUUCCUGCGUAUGGAAGAAGCCCAGUCCCUGAUCUGGGGACCCAAACGGACUUUUGUGAUGUUCGUGCAGUGCAUCUGAAAAACCAUGAAAUUCUUGUCCCUUGCAGCCAUUGUUUGGUGUGUCCUGUUACCACCAUCUGAAUCCAGCAAGGCCUUUGAGGACAUCCGCUGCAAGUGUGUCUGCCCCCCAUACAGGAAUAUCAGUGGGCAGAUUUACAAAAAGAAUGUGUCUCAGAAAGACUGCAACUGCCUUCAUGUGGUGGAACCUAUGCCAGUGCCAGGUCAUGAUGUUGAGGCAUACUGCCUGCUGUGUGAGUGCAAGUAUGAAGAGCGAAGCACCACUACAAUCAAGUUCAUCAUCAUAAUUUACCUCUCAGUCAUUGGAGCCCUCCUGCUCUAUAUGGUCUUUCUAAUGGUGGUUGACCCUCUCAUCCGCAAGCCCAGUGCUUAUGCCCAACCACUGCACAAUGAAGAAGAGAGGGAGGACACGCAUUCCUUGGCAGCUGUACGCCCUUCAGUCAGCAACAGGGCAAAUACUGUGUUGGAGAGAGUGGAAGGAGCCCAAGAGCGAUGGAAGCGCCAGGUGCAGGAGCAGCGGAAGACUGUAUUCGAUCGCCACAAGAUGCUGAGCUAGAUCUCAUGGAAAAUUUGCAGGAUUUGAGCAGCUGCUGCUGGUUAGCUAGACACAUGAUUUCUCUUAGCCAAUACAAACCCCAACACCUGUAGUUUUAAUAUUUUGCACCCAUUCUUUGUUUCUUGUUUUAUGUCCCUUAUGUCUCCCCAGCUCAGGAGCACACAUGACAUUGAAGCAAGUUGCUGGCUGCGAUUUUCAAACAGUUUGAACUUUUAACACAGAAACACUCCUGUCCCCCAAUAUUUGCUCCACAGUCUAAAACUGUGAAUGUGAAUCCCCCAGUAUUUGCUCCACAGUCUGAAACUUGCUGCUUGAUUUAUUUGUGAUCUGUGGAAGCUGGAAAGACUAACUUUUAGCUGCAAUAUACCUGUUUGAAUCCAGAUCUUAUAAGUAGCAGCAAAUUUUGCUCAGUCCUAUAAUCUGCCAGGCACACCCCUAAUUUUAACAGUGAAAACCAGAACACCUAAGGUUUUGUUGCUUUUGCUUUAUAACUGUUGAUUUUCCUCUAGCUGGAGUUGUAUUAUUUAUGCAUCUGGAAUUGGCAAUAGACAUUCCUGUGGAGUCACUGUGCAUUAAGCCUCCUGUGUGAACCUUCAUUCCUGUAACAAUAGUCAGUUCAAAAAACUUAGAAAGAAGUGGUCUGUUCUCACAUGGAAAAGUCUGAUUUGGGAAUCCAGCACAGGUCAUUCUCAUAAGCCCUCAUAAGUAAUUUCUUCAGGGAUUUUUUCAGGUUAGCUAACUGUGCACCAAAGAAAUGCAAAGAAGUGAGUCCCCUGGUUCAGGUGUAAUGUUAGACUUAACAUGAUAUUAUUCUGUCUGACAGCUGCUUGCAUGACCAUACUGUGCAAGAAAAAUGGUCAGUUUGCACAUGUAGCUCUGGUUCACUAUUUCUUUUUAAAAAAACUGAUCUCUGGUUAUAAAAGGCCUCUUUUUAAAAAGGAAAAUAAUUAUAAAUGUACAUUUUUAAUUUGUCUUUUGUGAUGCCAGUACAAAUCUGGAUAUUCCUUCACAGAGAUAAUCAAAUCUGCAGUAGCUAUAUUAUUUAUAGUCAUAGAAUGAUAGAAUCUUCAAGUUGGAAGGGACCACAAGGGCCAUCUAAUCCAAAGCCCUGCCAGGCAGUAAUAUACAACUAAAG